AUGACUGACGCCGACGUCGCCCACUUCUACAAUCUACCAUCGGCAUAUCCAGAGGAAUGGCCUACGGAGCUGGAUGAUGAAGAUGAGGAGGAGGACGCGGCUCUCCAGCACGGUGGUUCGAGAUCCAGUUACCAUGUCCUCGACCGGAGCAACAGUCGGACUGGUCCUAGUCCGGGAUCGUUAAAGGGAAACAGUGGUCGGGAGAACCUUGUCAAGGUUGACGAGCCUGAUCCGUUAGGCUCGAGGAACAGUGUUCUUAGUUCCCUGAAGAAGCGAGGGUUGGCGGUCGCUGAUGAUAACCGGCUACGGAAUCGCUUCCUCCUCUCCUCAACGGGGUUCUCCCCCGCACUUUUUCUAUCGCAGGUCCAUUCCGAUGCAUCGAUUAAAACCCUCGUUGAAGGCCUCAAUUUCCUUUCUCAAUCUAUCGACCAGAAGUCGGCCUCGCUGAAGGUCCUUGUCGAAGCAAACUUCGAGAGGUUUGUCCGGGCCAAAGCAACGAUUGACAGUGUAUACACGGAGAUGAGGCACCAAGGAAGGGAACAGGACUUGACGACUCAUCGCAGGUCGGCGAGCCACCUGCGGAGGAUUUCCGGACAUGACUUCCCUCCCUCAAAUGCAGAUUCGAAAAAGAACGCGUUGCUGAAGGAGAGCGACUAUGGUGUGAAGGGUAUUAGGGUUCCUCUAACGGAAGCAUCUGUGAAGGCGGAGGAAGUCUGGGGCCCAGCAUUGAGCGGACGCGAGAGAGAAGAAAUGCUAAAGGCCGUCGUUGAGAGCAUGGAGAGGCACCGAGAGGUGUACGAUAUCGGCGGGCUUCUCUCAAAAUCUAUCAAGCAGAGGGACUAUGAAUCUGUGUUCGAGCAAUAUCGCAAGGCGAGGGCUCUUACUCAGGAUGCAAAGGUCAUUGCCGAUGCCGCGACCAGGGAAGGUCGAGCAUUGACGGACGAAGAAGCUCAUGUUAUAUUAGCAUUGGGUAGGAUGUGGAUUGAUGUCGAUCAACAGAUCCACGGAUUCAAGGGCGACCUUUGGAGGCGCCUCAAUGAGGCUCCGAGCACAUCUACAAGAAUUACAACCUCCGGCCCGGUGGAGGAAUACAUGGAGUUGAUUGGCGCUUUAUUGGAACUAGGGGUGGACGACAACCCUAUCUGGGUGUGGCUUCUUAGCCGUUACGACUACCUAAGGGCGAAGACAAAGGCUUUCUGUGAUCGCGGCAAGGUCGAGAUAGAAAUUCUUAGACGUCGUCUCGCUAGCGGGGCAGAGCCUACACCUCAGGAGAUGGCUUCAUAUUUGCGCAGAGCUCCCCAGGACGGCUCAGCGGAGCCAUCACCACUUCCAGACUCUGAUCAAGUGAUAGAGCUUUGGGAAUGUGUCCAUACAUACCUGACCAGGCUGUUAUCAUCACAUGGAGGCAUCCUUGGCGAGGUUUUGGAUUUCUGGGAAGUCGCGCAAUCGUUCAUCGACGGUAAUAAACAGAAACUUCUCCCGGCGGGAUUCGAAGGCGAAAGUCGGAAACACCACAAAUUUGCCUCCAGCGAUAUCAGAGAUCUACAAAAAGGCCUUAUUGAGCUAGUUAGUCUAGUUCGAGAUGGUGUCCUCUCGUUGUUCGCCGAACCACCGGUAGAUGAUGUCUCUCUUCUCACGUCCCCAGUCUCACCAGCGAGCCCUAGUAGCCCUAUAAGUCUGGGAGUGACACCGACCGAGUCGCGCUUCAAGCUCGAUCCAAAGAAUAUUCCCUUCCCAUCCCCCAAACGCGGUGAACUAUGGGAGGACUACGCUUUUUGGCCACCCUUUUCGAACUCUCUCAGCGGAAUCAAUUAUCUGGGUCAAUUCCUUGUUAUAAUUGGAGCUGCGGCAGGUGAGAUGGCGAAUCUAGAACCGGUCGCAAGCAGCAGCAACACUCGCGAACUACUCAGAGGGCUUGUGAGUGUCAUAAGGGAACGCGCUAUACGCAUCGCUUGUUCGGCAUGGGAGAAAGAUGCGGAAGUCUGUAGAAUGUUGGAAGAUUGGACGCGGGACCCAAAACGAAGAGAUCUCACAAAAAUGCCGACAUUAUUUGUCAAUUUCCAGAAUGCCGUACUCACUGGACUGCAGAAAAUCCUUUUCAUGUCUGAAGCAAUGGCGAGGCCGGGGACUGUCGCCGUGGUUUCGCAGCCAUCUACCAAACUACUGCAAAUGGUUCGUCGGGAGUUCAUAAUCAGCAUCGAGAAGGCUCUUGGUGGUCUUGUUGAAACAGCAGAACAUCCGACCACUCAGGAAGAGAAUGAUGAAUGGUCUGUGCCGGAAUCUACAGCAGCUCACAGCAAGAAUGAUGGGUUAUCGGCUCUUCUUGCGGCAGACGCUGUCGAUUCUCAAAACAGAAAUGUUCGAAUCCUCCUCACACUCUCAAAUAUAAAGGCGCUUCAAGCAGACCUUGUUCCACAGCUUGUCGCCAACUUCGAGUCUUCAUUCUCAGUGACGCUAGCAGAUGAAGCCAAAAUAAUCCGGCAGUUCCUUGAUCAGGUUGACCAACGGUUAUUCCAGUCCUACACGGAGCCUACAAUCAGCAGUCUGAAGAGCAUUAUUAUGGAAGGCGUCACAUCCCCAACUUGGGAACCCCCGGCAUCCCGUCCCGAGCAAGUACGGCCGUAUGUGUACAAUGCAAUGCUAAUACUUGUACUUGUCCACACGGAAAUUUCAACAACCAUUCCCUCCACAUCAUCCUCUACAGCAAGCCGAUCAGCCACUGCUGGACACUCACCACUGCUAUCGAUCGUCCUCACACACCUAUUAACACAAGUAUCCAAAUCCCUCAUGAGCGCUUUCAACUCACGGCCUUCGUACUCCCUGAACUCGUUGAUACAAGCUACUCUCGACACGGAGUUCAUCGCCCAGACGAUGUCGCAGUAUUCUUCAGAGGAGGCUUCCGGCGUACAAAGUCAAAUAUACGUGGAACUAGAUCGUCGGACCACCCACGAAGCGAGGGCUCGCCUUCAGUCUGAGCUAGGCGAAAUGAGGGGUAUCCUGAAGAGACUAAGAGAGAAAACCAAGGGCGAGUUUGCUUGCUUUAGGAAGCCGAGAAGUGGCAAUUCACAGAAACCUACUUCUGCCUGA